AAAUGAUACAAAUUAGAGUAACGCCAAUGGCGGGUAAAUAUAACGCGUAUAGCGAGUCAAAAACGAGCCAGAUAAGAAAAACACAAUUGAAAAUCAACGAGACACAAUGGCAGGAAUAUAUGCAAUAUGCAGUCGGGCGUUUGUCUGCAACCAACGCCGCGAGGAUUAAUAUUUUUCCGGCGGAAAAGCCGCUCCGGAGAGAGGAAAGUCAACAAGAGGAUACACUUUGCUGGUAAAGAGAUUAAACGGGAAAUAUGGAAAUUCG